CUACACCUCUGCUCUCUUUCUCCUUCUCCAAAAUCCAAACCCUAUUCUAAAAAUCAAUGAAGCUCGCAGGCCUGAAAUCGAUCGAGAACGCCCACGACGAAUCGAUAUGGGCAGUGUCAUGGAUUCCCGCCACCAACGAUCGCCCUUCUCUUCUCUUGACAGGAUCUCUCGACGAGACCGUACGAUUCGUCGCCGCUCAUCCCGCCGGAGCCUUGGCCGCCUCGGCGUCGCUUGAUAGUUUCAUUAGGGUUUUCGAUGUGGAGUCCAAUUCUACGAUUGCGACGCUCGAGGCGCCGCCGUCGGAGGUUUGGAACAUGCAGUUUGAUCCCAAGGGCACCCUUUUAGCUGUAGCUGGUGGCGGCAGCGCCUCAGUCAAACUCUGGGACACCUCAUCAUGGCAACUAGUCUCCACCCUCGCUGUCCCUCGCCCUGAACCAACCAAACCCUCUGACCGCUCCGCCAGUGGCAAGUUUGUCCUCUCCGUUGCCUGGAGCCCUGAUGGCAAACGCCUCGCCUGCGGCUCAAUGGACGGCACAAUCGCAGUCUUUGACGUCCCCCGCUCCAAGUUCCUCCACCACCUUGAAGGCCACUACAUGCCAGUCCGAUCCAUGGUCUAUUCCCCAGUGGACCCACGCAUCCUCUUCACAGCUUGCGAUGACACGCAUGUACACUUGUACGAUGCCGAAGGGAAGAGCUUGGUGGGCGCAAUGUCUGGGCACGUGAGCUGGGUGCUGAGCAUCGACGCGAGCCCUGAUGGUGCUGCAGUGGCGACUGGGUCCAGUGAUCGGACAGUGAGGCUGUGGGAUGUUGGCAUGAGAGCUUCAAUGCAGACGAUGACGAAUCAUACUGAUCAGGUUUGGGGGGUGGCUUUCCGGCCGCCUGGUGGGACCGGAAUUCGGGCCGGGAGACUGGCGAGUGUGUCGGACGAUAAGAGCAUAUCGUUGUAUGAUUACUCGUGAUUUUGGGAGGGUUAGGUCAGGGGUAAUUCAUUUCUGUUGUUUGUGUAGCUGAACACAAAUGGAUUGAAAGUUCUCCAUCUUUUUGUUGUAUGAAAUGCAUAUUAGCUGUUGAUGAUGCUUCAAACUGGCACAAUGGGAGCAAUCAAAGAUGAUGAGGGUUUUCCUGCCGUUUUUAUGUCGUUUCAUUGAAUGCUAGCUUAGGUUGCUGAUGAAUGUAUUA